UCGACUGCUCAAAAUAGACAGAUCGCGAUAAGCCACGCCCCUUCUAUCAACAUCGCUCUGUCUUACGUAAUCGACUAGACCUAGUUCAAGAUGGCGUCUGAAAUGGAAGUUGAAGGAAAUUCAUCGUCUUCGCAGUCAGCUGUUAUGGCUUCUAGUGGGACCGGAAGCGUAGCAGUCGCUCUUCAUCCUCUCGUUGUAAUGAAUAUUUCUGAACAUUGGACGAGAAUCCGUGCACAAGAAGGAAAACCUACCCAAGUUCUCGGUGCUUUGAUAGGCAAGCAGGAGGGGAGAAACAUUGAGGUUCUCAAUUCAUUUGAACUUCUCUUUGACACCGUAGAGGGAGACAUCAUCAUUGACAGGGAAUAUUACAACACUAAAGAAGAACAAUUCAAGCAGGUAUUCAAGGACCAUGAGUUUCUUGGUUGGUAUACCACUGGAGGGUCUCCAGAUGAAUCAGAUAUUAAAGUACACAAACAGAUUUGUGAAAUCAAUGAAAGUCCUAUAUUCUUGAAGUUGAACCCUCUCUCCAGACAGACUGAUCUCCCGGUUCAUAUGUUUGAAUCUGUGAUUGAUCUAAUCAAUGGCAUAGCAACCAUGCUGUUUGUUGAGCUUCAUUUUGUCCUAGCAACAGAAGAGGCUGAGAGGAUAGGUGUUGAUCAUGUUGCUAGGGUAACCAACAGUGAAACUAUGGAAAGCUCAGUUGUUGCUGAGCACCUGAUAGCCCAGCACAAUGCUGUGAAGAUGCUACAUAGUCGUGUCAAGCUGAUCGUUGACUAUGUGAAAGCAGUGCAGUCUGGAGAGGUGCCUAUGAACCAUGAGAUACUGAGGGAUGCUAACAGUCUCUGUCAUAGGCUCCCCGUCCUACAUCUGGACAAGUUUGACACAGAAUUCUACAAUCAAUGUAAUGAUGUCACUCUCAUGGCCUACCUAGGGGCUAUCACUAAAGGCUGUAACACGAUUAACCAGUUUGUCAACAAAUUCAAUGUUCUGUACGACCGGCAGGGCAUGGGCAGAAGAAUGCGAGGGCUCUUCUUAUGAGGGCGCACUUCAGGAUACCAACCGUACUCAUACCGUCAGCUUUUCUAGUUUUUCAAGGAUAAGCAUUUGGAGAGUGGAGGAUUGUGCUUUUUCUCCAUGAUGUGUUCGGGUAGAAACAUCAAAGCA